AUGUCUUGCCACGUGUGUGGAGCACCAGAGGCUGAGCCCCAUUUUGGUGGGAUGUCUUGUAGAGCCUGUGCCGCAUUCUUCCGUCGUUAUUUUCACUCGAAGAAAGCUGUGAUCUCAUGUACUUGCCAAAUCAGAUUCCAAAAUAGUCAUCCGUGUAGAGAGUGUCGAAUUCAAAAGUGUCUAGAUGCCGGGAUGACUCCGGAAAAAGUUCAACACAAACGAGAAAAACAUCCACAGAAACCUCAGAAACCACAAAAAGAGGUGGAGAUUCUUGACAUAACUUCCACCUCAUCAUCUUCAUCAUCUGCUUCUCAAAGUCCACCAUCUCUCCCAUUAUCUCCAAUACCAUUCCAAAUCAUACCUCGAGACAACUCCAACAUCUCCCAUGUCGUCUCAAAAUGGGUCAAUGUUCAAGGAAGAAGAAGUCAAUUGUAUGGAAGACGUCUAGAUGAAGUGACCUAUUAUGAAAUGUGUCUCGCAACAAAAAUAGACGUCGAAAUUAUGUGGAGUGUCAUUGAAGUGAUAUUUCCACAAUUGCAUGAGCUCCCUACUUGGGACAAGGGCGCUCUCCUCCGAAAUUUCCAUCCCAAGUGGUCUCUUCUAGUCUCUUCUAUUGAUUUUGAUAAGAAUCGUGCCGUUUAUGAAGGAAUCUGCACACCAGAGGACUACUGUCAGAUGGUAAUUAAGUUCUGGAACUCCUCAAUGUACGAGAAUUGUGAAAUGGAGCCCAAGGAGAUAUUGAGAAUAUUCGAGCCAUUUCUCCGCUACUACGCAUUCGUCUUGGCGCUGCCAAUCUGUGAGAAAAAGUUUAAUGCAGUGGAGUACAUGGCAAUCGCUUUGAUGAUAUUUUUUGAUGGAGCACACACGAACAUCAGCUCGGAAUGUGCAGACCUCUGUCAUAAUGUCAAAAAUAUUGUUCUUCGAGAAUUACGUGGAUAUUAUGCUGAUAGAAAUGUGGAAGAGAUGAGGUUCAUUGAAACCAUUGAUGUGCUACAGUUAAUGCAGAAAGGAGAAUCAAAGUUCCAAGAGGAACUAUUGGUGUGCGAAAUGAAUAAUGUGCAUAUUCAUGAUGAUUAUCGGUUGAUGAUUAGAGAACAUAAUUAUUGA